ACGUAGGAAAAUACGUGCUGGGUUGGUUUGUACGUGAUGUUUUACGCCGUCUUGAUUUCCAUAGUUGUUUAGGAAUUCUACUUUUUGCAGUUGUGUAUUAGAGUCUGUGCAACAAGAUGAAAUCCAGUUGUUAAUCAAUCAUGAGUUUUGUGGUUUACGAAUUUUAAGCAAUGUGCUAGUCGUUUAUAGCUUUGUAUUCCUCGUAACGUAGGACUAGCUUGUACACUUGACAAAGGGCACGAUAACUGACCUCGUUAGUUAAAUGAAGCUUUAGUCCACUGAUGUUGCACGUUAGCGAAGUGACUGGAGAACUAUUAAAACUAGGUUCUAAACAGUUACUAUACGCCUGUAAAUUUGGUUGACCUUCCAAACUCAAGUGUGUACUCCCACGUCUUGAAUAGAGAGUCGUAACUACAGAUGGGUUCCUUGACAUGAGGCGCCCUGUAGGAAAGUACUCGUAGCAGCGAUUAGGCGCGUCACACAGCAAGUCACUCAGGGGACUUUUAUUUGAGCGAUUUUGCAUUUGGCAAAGUGAUGCCUCGCCGUUCUGUGGUGAAGUUGGUGUGCUUUGGGAGUCACGUGGCGAGUGCCCGCAGUUGCCGACUUCACAUUUCGUCGUGUAAUUUAUCAACGAAAUCGACAGAUGGCUUCAAACCGGCAAAGGUGGCAGUCGUGACCAAAACGACCCGAUAUGAGUUCGAACAGCAGCGUUAUCGUUAUGCAGGACUGUCUGAGGAGGAUCUAAAGCACCUGCUUGCCAUGAAGGGUUCCAGCUACAGUGGCUUACUGGAAAGACACAACAUCCACACUAACAACGUGGAGCAUAUUGUGAAAAGCCUGCAGAAAGAAGGAAUUGAAGUUCAAGUGGUGAAAAGGGGUGAAUAUGAUACAGAAGUAGUGCAAUGGGCGGAUGCCAUUAUUUCGGCUGGAGGGGAUGGGACAAUGCUGCUUGUUGCCAGUAAGGUUUUGAACAAGGACAAACCAGUUGUUGGCGUGAACACAGACCCCGAGAGGUCAGAAGGUCAUCUGUGCUUGCCUGUAAAAUACACUCGUAAAUUCCCAGAGGCACUGGGGAAACUCUGCCGUGGUGAGUUCAGGUGGCAGUGGCGUCAGAGGAUUCGACUGCACCUUGAGGGCACCGGAAUAAAUCCCACUCCACUAGAUCUGCAUGAACAGCAGCUGAGCCUGGAGCAGCACAGCCAGGCCCACCGCAUCACCACCAUGAACAACCAGCAGAGGACUGGAACACUGAAUGAAAGUUUCCUCAAGCCCAGUCUUCUCCCUGUCAGGAGCCUGAACGAAAUCUUCAUCGGAGAAUCUCUGUCCUCUAGGGCAUCCUACUAUGAGAUUUCUGUCGAUGACGGUCCGUGGGAAAAGCAGAAGAGUUCAGGGCUCAGCAUUUGCACAGGAACCGGGUCCAAAGCCUGGUCAUAUAAUAUCAACAAAAUUGCAGAGCAAGCAGUAAAUGAGAUCCUGAAAAUAGGAAAGUGUCAAACGGGGCUUGCGAUUCCACUCAACCUUAAAUUCAUUGAGAAGGUUACUGACAAAUACAAUGAAUCACUGGUGUUCAAUCCUGAGGAAAGGCGCUUGUUCUUCAGCAUCCGAGAGCCAAUUGUGAACCGGGUGUUCUCCAGCAGCCGGCAGAGAGGCUUUGCCAGCAAGGUGUGCGUUCGCUCUCGCUGCUGGGACGCCUGCAUGGUGGUGGACGGCGGGAGCUCAUUUGAGUUUAACGAUGGUGCCAUUGCGACAAUCAGCAUGAGUGAGGAUGAUGAGCUCCGCACGGUAGUUCUGGAUAACUGAGGGAAGCCGGGAGCACAUUAGACAGUCUUCUUUUUAAACAAGGUUAAACUGCUACAGUACCGUUCUUUUGGAGAGUGGUUAAAGGGAAAUACUGGAUUUUUUUAACCUCUCCAAUUUUUUUUUAAUCCCUUGAGAAAAAUGUCCCCCCCCUGGAUUUUAGUCCUCAUCCCAGUUAUUUUGUCAUGUCAUCCCAUGUAACGCUUGACUGAAAUGUAGAGUAUUUAUGGAGAUUGGGAAGAUUCUCUAUUCAGACUCUGUGAUUACCAGGCAAAACCACAGAUCAGUUGCCUGCAUGGCAGCAUGUGGCGUCUUGUGCAAAACUAUGGAUGAAAACUAGAUCUUCCGCUGACUGGGAAUUGUGUUCAUGUACAUUUAAUUUCAAAAUUGAGCAAAGUGCCGCCUACUGUGUGUUGUGCAAUUUGGAUGUGAUAUUUAUUGCCUCUAUUGUCUCCCUCCUAUCUUUUCUAUUUUGAAGGGAAAAGCACAUAGGGGGAAUUGUUUGAAAAUUUAUUUUUGGAACAAUAUUUUUGUAGUUGUGCUAGCAUUUUAAAAAAAAAUGCACUCCACACCAAGUGGGCCAUUUUACUCCUUGUUUUAGGUCAAAAUUUAAGUCGCAAAAUGUACUGUUAAAACAUGAUUGAGAUCUCUUUGUAAUCAGGUGGAAUUAUUGUGGCUUUUUAAAAAUGAAUUACAGUAUCUAACUUUUACCAUUUUGAAUCGCUCAAUCUGAUAUAUAGUAUGGUGGAUGUACUGUUUAUUAAAUCUGGAAGGGCUUCAAGAGUUUUUAAGUCACUAUAUUGUGAUGUGCAACGUGCCAUGUGGCUUUCCAUUUAAUGUUUUAAGUUUCAUAAAUGACUGUGAAAAAUUAAA